AUGGAGUUUUGCAUGCAUCAUGAACCAAAACCGUCUAUUAAAAGCAUAUAUGGUCCAACCACAUUCGAAGAGGCAAUAGAAAAAACUGGUUUUGGAAAAUUUAAUAUUCUACUUAUACUAGCAGCAAUAUGUGGAAUAUUUUCUCCAAUAUUUGAAACAACUACUAUGUCCUAUAUUUUCGCACCUGCACAAUGUGAUCUAAAUCUAUCUUUACAAGAUAAAGGUUAUCUUAAUUGCAUAGCUUACGCAGGAAUGAUUUCAACAUCAUUUAUAUGGGGUUUUCUCCUGGAUACAUUUGGACGUAGAAAAUUUAUGAUCUAUGGUUAUUUGUUGGAUGCAAUUGUUGUUUUUCUGAGUUCCUUUUCACAAAAUAUUGAAAUGUUGAUAAUUAGCAAAUUUUUUGGGGGCGUUAUCAUUAACGGACCUUUUGCUGCGAUGACUACUUAUUUGGGCGAAUUUCACUCAGCUCAGUACAGAUCAAAAAUACAAUUAGUCAAAGGAGCACUAGUGGGUGUAGGUCAGCUAGUAUUGCCGUUAUUAGCAUGGGGAAUUUUACCAUUACCAGUGGACUGGUCACUUUUUAAUGGACUAAUUUACUAUCGUUCUUGGAAUUUAUAUCUGUUUGUUUGCGGACUAUUUCCACUUGCCAGUGCUGUGAUAUUUUGUUUUCUUCCUGAAAGUCCAAAAUUUUUAAUGACCAUUGGAGAAAAUGAGAAAGCGAUGAAAAUACUUCAAAAAGUAUAUAGCAUCAAUACUGGAAAACCACCAGAGACCUAUCCGGUAAAAGAAUUAUUGCAAGAGACUGACGAAUCGCACAAACAUAAAUCUAUAAAAAAUGCAAUGACGGAAGAAUUUUCAAAUUUAUUUCCACUUUUUAAGGCUCCAUAUUUAUCUAAAUUUGCACUGCUCUGUAUAGUGCAAUUUUCUACAGUUCAAAGUAUGAACAUGUUAAGGUUAUGGAGUCCACAAUUAUUUCAAGCUAUUGAAGAUUAUAAACUUGUUAAUAAUGGAACCACUGCAGAUUUAUGUUCCAUGAUGGAUGUUCUUAAGCCCAAAAAUGAUAGUACUUGUGCAACGAAUGUAGGAAACCCAGGAGUUUAUACAAACUCAAUUAUUGUAUCCAGUUCAGCCAUUGCGGGAUAUUUUGUCACAAUAAGUGUUAUUAAUCUGUUGGGGAAGAAACCAGUGAUAUUUUCCUACGCUUUCGUAGCUGCAAGUUGUAGUAUGGGACUCUAUUUUGCGCAAAGUGUGGAAGUGACAACCUUUUUGAUUGCAGGUUUUAUAGCCCUUGGCAACAUAGCAGGAAAUGUCAUUCAAUCAGUUGUAGUAGAUCACUUUCCAACAAAUCUAAGAGCUUUUACAUUAUCUUUGGUAAUGGCAUUUGCACGAAUUGGAGCACUGACUGGUAAUUUAGGAUUUCCGUUUCUUGUGAAUUUGGGAUGUGCACCCCCGUUCUUUGUUGUAGGAAGUAUUAUGGCAGCUGGAAGUCUUUUAUCGUUACUAUUACCAAAAACAGACAAUAAAGCUUUGAUAUAA